GAAAUUUUGAAGGAACAAUUUUCGGCUCCGCAUGUGUAACAAAUGGUUAUUUUAAAAGAAGCUGAAAACAUGUUUUGGGCGCUAGUGCUUGAAUCAGGGCAAAGAUACAGUCAAACUGUGGAGAAAGGUUUCCACAUAAGCAUGGCGGCUCUCGAAUUGUCUAAUGAUGCAGAUGAGCAGAAGAAGAAGGGCCACAUCUCUGUGAUGGGAGCAUCGGACAAGGGGGAGUUCCUUCUCUGCUCUCUCAAUCACAAGUCUGUCUUCCAGCAGGCCCUGGACCUCAACUUUAAUGAGGGAGAAAAUGUCACCUUCUUCAUUAAUGGACAUGGCACCAUUCACUUGACGGGCUAUCAGCUGGAUGAGGAUGAAGAUUUUGAUGCAGAAGACUUGCUGGCCUCCGACUUGGAGGAGGAGGAGGAGGAUGUGUCAGACAGCGAUGAUGAAGCUCCAGAACUGGUGGAAGGGAAGAGGAAAAAGAAGCCUGACAUCACAAUGGCGAAGAAAAAGAUGAAGUGGCUUACACCGGAGGACAAUGUUAGUGAUGACAGUGAUAAAGAUAGUGAUGAGGAGCUGGAUGAUGAUGAUGAUGGCGAUGACGAUGAUGACUUCUUGAAUGAUGAAUCAUUCUUGGACAUGGAGGCCGAGGAGGGGGACAGUGAUGAGGAGGAGGAAUCAGAGGAGGAAGAGGUGACUCCAGCAAAGAAGAAGAAAGAACAGCAGAAAACACCUAAAGACAAGAAGGAUAAAAAGACUCCCGGAAAGGAAACGCCGAAGAAUAAGAGCAAGGAAGAACAGAAGACCCCCACUGUGACCCCCGGGGGAGAUGCUGAAACAACAUCCGCCAAGAAGAAGAAGAAGAAAAAGAAGAACAAGCAGGCAGGAGAAACUCCGAAGGCAAAUGGAGAGGGUGGACAAGCACAGACUCCAAAGUUAGAUCAGAGCCAGAGCAAAACCCCGAAGUCAAAGGAGCAGUCGAAGACUCCGAAGAAGCAAGUGUUAGCAGGAGGAACCAUAAUGGAGGAGAUCAGGGUGGGAGAUGGACCAGCAGUUAAGAAGGGGAAAAUGGCCCAUAUGUACUACGUUGGGAAGCUGCAGAAGGAUGGUCGCCAGUUUGACUCCUGUCUCCAUGGCAAGCCGUUCCGCUUCCGACUGGGCAAAGGGGAGGUAAUCAAGGGCUGGGACGUUGGUGUGGAUGGUAUGAAGAUUGGAGGAAAGCGAAGACUGACAGUCCCCCCUCAGGCUGGGUAUGGCAAUCAGAGGUCAGGCCCCAUUCCACCAAACAGCACGCUUGUGUUUGAAGUGGAGUUGAAAAACGUCAGUUGAAAUGCCUGCCCCACUCAACUCAGCAGAUACAGUACCAGUGACAGGGAUCCAUAAAGUGCAUUGUACACUCAACACAUCUACAGCUAAAGUUUUAACUUGCAAGACUGGCUCUUGUUUAUCUUAUCUUUUAUAACUGGGAGUGGUAUUAUUCACAUCAUAAGAAACUUUAAGGAUUGAGUUUUUAUCACUCACUUGUUAUGAAACUUCGAAUGCACUUUUUACUGUUUCUUUUUUGUUUUUCACUUUGUUUAAAGCAAUUAAAACAUGGCAUUCAAAAUAUUUAAGUGCAGGUGAAUCUGUACUCUAAACACAUGUAAUAAGCUUACAGUUAUGAGGUACUUUUGUUAAUUAUUUUGUGGCAUUAAUUCUCGUUGAUGUAUAUUGUAUUACAUGUAUAUUUAGUGUAUCAUUUACCCAAAUGACAUGCAAACAGAAGCAUAACAGUAUGUGAUCAUGCAGUCAUGAAUUUGCCCGUAGUUGUAGGAGAUAUUAAAUGGUUCGCCACUGAGCUUGGGCAAACAUGUAUAAAACACACAACAAUAGGUGAUAUUAAUUUGAUGUAAUACCUGUACAAGUAAAAUUUAUUUUUUAGUUCAUGUUAAACAAAACAUUGAAUAAUGGUAGUGUUUUUCAUUGGUAUUGGUUUCUUUCUUUGAGAAAUUUUAAGUAUAACAGUACUAAUUCAUUGUAAAAAUUAUGUUUUAUAAAUGAGUAUGUGUAUAUUUUUCAAUGAUAUCACAAUAAAGGAAAAAAAGUUUA